GAUAGUUUCUGUAAUUACUGAAUAGCGGGGUUGGGCUGAGGGCUCAGGAGGAGAAUUUGGGGGUUGGCCUAGGCAGUGAGAUAAGGUUACAUAUAAGGUGGCUGCAGUGGAUUUGGGAACACUAACGGAGUAUAUUCCCUGGUGUGCAGCUCAGCGAGUUUGGAUCCUGGAAUCAUGAGCGGGUGCCCCUUCGCGGGGAACAAUUACCUACUUAAUUUUAACAAGCUAUCUUUGGAAGAAGAAAAAGAUGACAAGUCACAAGAAGGGAUAAAUAAAGCCAGCAAGGGUGGACUUGUCUAUGGAGACUACCUACAACUGAACAAAAUAUUGAAUGCUCAAGAACUUCAGAGUGAGAAGAAAGGAAACAAAAUCCAUGAUGAGCAUCUUUUCAUUGUGACGCAUCAAGCAUACGAACUUUGGUUUAAGCAGAUUCUGUGGGAAAUGGACUCUGUGCGGGUGAUCUUUCAAAAUGGCCACGUAAGAGAUGAGAGGAACAUGCUGAAGGUUAUUACUCGAAUGAACAGAAUUUCAAUGAUUCUGAAAUUACUUGUGGAACAGUUCUCAGUUUUGGAAACUAUGACUGCAUUGGACUUCUUUGAUUUCAGAUACUACCUAAGCCCAGCCUCAGGUUUUCAGAGCCUGCAGUUUCGCUUGCUAGAGAACAAAAUUGGUGUUCCCCAAAGUCUCAGAGUCCCCUAUAAUAGAAGGCAUUAUCGAGAUAACUUCAAGGGACAGGAUUAUGAAUUACUGCUUAAAUCAGAGCAAGAACCAACGCUACUGCAACUUGUGGAGGCAUGGCUGGAAAGAACUCCGGGACUCGAUGCAGAAGGAUUUGAUUUCUGGGGACAAUUUGAAGUGAAUGUUUUAAAAGGUCUAGAAGAGGAAUUUGCCUUGGUGCAGGCCAAACCAGAAUCAGAAGAAAAAGAUGAUGACUUAUCUGAAUUCCAAAAACAGAAAGAUGUAUUACUUUCAUUAUUUGAUGAAAAACGCCAUGAACACCUGCUUAGUAAAGGAGAAAGACGACUGUCUUAUAAAGCACUGAAGGGAGCCUUAAUGAUCUACUUCUACAGGGAGGAGCCUCGUUUCCAGGUUCCCUUUCAGCUUCUUACCUCCCUUAUGGAUAUCGAUGUGCUCAUGACCAAGUGGAGAUAUAACCACGUUUGCAUGGUGCACAGAAUGAUUGGCAGCAAGGCUGGCACCGGAGGCUCCUCUGGCUACCAGUAUUUGCGCUCAACAGUGAGUGACAGAUACAAGGUGUUUGUGGAUUUGUUCAAUCUUUCAACGUUUCUAGUGCCAAGACACUGGAUACCAAAGAUGAACCCAACCAUUCAUAAAUUCCUCUACACGGCAGAAUACUGCGACAGCUCCUAUUUUAGCAGCGACGACUCUGACUAGCCUGCCUUUCUAGAGUGGUUGCUGUAAAGAGCUUCAGGACUUUCACCUCGAGUGGUGCUAUCCCUCAGAUACAACCACUAUUCUCACAGAGUGUGGGUGUGUAAAUAUGUAUUUAUGUAUGACAGCUAUGUGAAUAGUAUGAUGGGCUUGUGGAACAAACUUAAUUGUUUGUAGAAAAAAUAAUCUGUAUUGAGUUAGCCUAUAUUAAGACUAAAAUGAUACCCCAAUUCAACUCAAAUGACCAAUUUAACUUUUAGCUGGCUUCUUAAAACCUACACCUCUAGAGAGGGAGAAAAUUAUACAGAAUUAUCACGAUCAUGUUUUACUUGUACAUAUUUUUGUAUUUGUUUGCCUAAUGGCUAUUAUUAAUUUACUUCUAGUUGAGGACAUAAUUAGUCUCAUCCCCUUUGGAAGAAUAUUAGUUUCUGAGCUCUAGUGGAAUUUCAAAAGGAAUUUUGAGUUAAGAAUUCAAGAGCUAAAUUUAAAGAAAUAAGUCCUGAAUCUAUAGAAGAAACCCAAGCAUCUUGAACUUUUACAUACAUCAAGAAUCAUGUUGCUAUCUAUGUGUUACACGUGAAUGUAAAUCCCCUCCGUAUACUGUUAAGAAUAGCAGAUAUAAAUAAGUACUUACUUUGCACUUCAAAUAAAGCAGUAUUAAAGAUC